AUGACAGAUAUGAUGCGGUCUUUGAUCCAUUAUUCUAAUGCUUCCACACCAGACUCUUUCUCCGGACCGAGCGUCAUCAGAUCACGGUUCUGGGGACAUGUACUCGCGUUCGUUGCGACCGAGACAAGCAGUGUUGUUGAGAAAGUUUCUCAGACUCUAAACGCUGCGGUGAGUAAUUUUCUGGCGUACCUUUCUGCGUGCUCAACUGGCCCAAACAAUAACACAAGUACUCUGCUUGUGGAUGAAAACAUCCACCACAUCAGUAGUUUCAGAUUAGCUGGAUUUCGUCACAUAGUUGGGACACUCUGGGAUGUGCAGGACGAAUACUGCGUUGAUACUGCAAGAGUUUUCUAUGGGACGUUGAGAGAUGAAGGGAUUUCAGAUGACGCGGUCACAACUAUCGAUGUCUCACAAACAGUUAACGAAACUUCUAUAGAUCUAGUUGGUGUCAACAAGGCUUCUAUUACCUCAGACGUGCGCACGGCUAAACUAGUUAAUAGACUAGCAAAGCAGGAGAAUAGAUUGCACCCGCGGUAUUGGGCACCAUAG